UUUUUUUUGUGGUUUGCUAUAUUAUCAGGGAAGAGAAGAGUCUUUUCUUAUUUCUCAACAUGUGCUGCUGGGAUGUGCACUUCUGUUCUCUGGGUGUCUGUCCUCUGCUUGUCUCUGUGCAGGACUGCUGUUAAAGGUAACUAUCAGCUGAUUGCUCCAUCUGAACCAAUCAUAGUGGGUCCUGGAGAUGAUGUCAUCCUUCCAUGUCGGGUGGAUCCUCACUGGAAUGCUGUGGAGAAGACUGUGGAGUGGUCCAGACCGGAUCUGAAGGCCUCAGGCCCACAGAAGCGUGUGGAGUACGUGUACGUGCACCGGUUCAGGAAGAUGGACAGAGACAUGAUGAUGGAGACGUACAUCCAGAGAACGUCUCUGUCAGGAAGGACUGAGACAUGGAGACGUGUCUCUGAGGAUCCACAACGUGAGCUUGGAGGAUACCGGGAGGUUCAGAUGUUUCAUCCCAAACCUGAGCAUAGAAGCAGAGGUUCUGCUGGUUGUUGACCCAGACUUUGUUAAAAUGACGACAACAGAGACGUUUACUCAGAGAAUCACUCCAGCCUUUCAGAAUGAGACCGUCGGUAGCGGAGGGGUCAGGCUCCAUGUUCUUUUACCCCUUUUCUUCAUCUUCAUCGUUUGCCUCGCU